AUGCAUGAUUGGUUCAUUGAGACCUUACAAUGGUCCAAUAAAACGGUUUUCAGAAUUUUGGAGAUUUUUGUUUUGUUAUAAUGCUUCUUUGAUAUUUUUGAUACAGGAAACCAUUAAAUAUUAUUAUAUUUGUAUGAUAACAAGAUAAUAAUAGUAAUAUUCUUAAUAUCUGUAUUCUAAAAUGAGAGGGAAGCUAGAUAAUUGAUGAAAUUGGGUGACGAGAGUUUGGGAAGAUCGGUUACAAAAGAUAUGCACACUUACGAUGAUAAUUGUGAGUUUGAAUUAGUUAACUUAGUGGAAUUUAUUGUGGGUACCACCUAAAUGUUGGAUGGUAUCAUAUAGAUUAUUUGUCUGGUUUGGAAUGGGAGUAUUAAGUUGGUGGGAAUAUUAAGUUGGUAGGAGUAAUGGAAUGAUUUGAAGGGAAACUAAGAUCAAUCAGGUUAAUGUAGAUAUUUGGUUGUGUGGACUCUCUUUGCAGAAACAUUUAUUAUUUACAUAAAGUUUUUAAAGGAUGCUGGUAAUAUUUAAUAUGUAGAUACACCUUAUUAUAUAUCUGUUCCAUGGAUAGCAACUAUUAUAAGUAGUUCAGGCGUGUACUUAAUAAUGAGAGUGAAAAAUAAGAGAAUAUAAAAAUUGAAGGUUAAAUGA